GUUUCAUGUUCGUAUUGAAAUCUACGGUUAUAAGGGGAAGGGGAUUACUCAUAGGCCAGGAAACCGGCGUUUGGGAACAAUCAGAUGUUGUAAAAUGACCGACGUAAUCCCUUCGUCUCCAAAGGCUUGACGCCCCACGCCCCUCCUCCGACGCCAAUAACAAGUGAUUGCCUGCGUAUCCUUGCUGGAGGUAAACGAAGACCUGUCAGUCAAAUAUUAACUGCUGCCGAAUCCAGACCGAGACAGUUUGAAUUUAGCUUCUCUCAGUUGAACAGUACUUUGAGUGACCAGGGAACAUACCGUGAAAACUAGUUGUCGGCUUCCAACUGCACUUUAUUUGGCAUUUACAGUCAAAUUAUUACAAAUUUGACAACUCUCUCCAUCCGAAGGAGUAGAGGAUCAGUCGUGGUUCCAAAUUCAAUUGGUGGAUCGAACCAACAUGUUCAUCUGACGACGCCAGCAUUGGGCCUAACACAUGUGAUACUGAGUAUUCUCAGAGCUGUUGUGAACUGCCCUGAGAAUUUUUUGAUUCUAUACCCAAAGAGUUUGUAUGUCCCAAGGUCUCAAUUCGCGAGAAUAUUUCAACUGAAUUGGGUAAAACUAUGAAAGUUAUCUCGUACAGAAUUUGAAUGGCUGUGAAGUAAAGUCAGUGGGAAAUAUAGGUGGCCUAGGGACCCUAGGUUGUCUAUCGGGCGUCCAUGCCGUGUUGAAUAUUACCCCUCUGUAUAAACUCAAGCAUUCUGUGGUCAUUGGACGAAUGAAUUGAGCAGCCAUUUUUAAACUGCUUACCUGCUUUUAAGCCUCCCUCCUACUACAGUACUACAAGAAUAAGGGAGUGAUAGAGAAAAGCAGAGAACAUGGACGAUGAAUUAAAAAUUUCAACGAUAACUUGAUGGUUACUGAGUCACCAGCUGGCCGUGGAUAUGUGCUUAUGGUACAGUGGAAAAAAAAUAUACCCAUAUAUUUAAUUAUUUUUGAUGAAUUAAGUGUCGACGAGGAGAGAGAAGAGCAAAGGGUGGUAGUUGGUAUUAGAGGUAAACCAGUGUAAGAGAAGACAGAGAGGAACUAAUAAACGUGCAUACAAACAGAGAGAGAACGGUAUAUAAGGUUAAAGUGAGGAAGGGACAAGUGAAGAUUUGAUAAAAUGACAUGGUGAACUGUCAUCACUUGUGAAAUCAUUAAUGUAAUAAAAUGACGAGAUAGGAUAUGAUAUUUUUCCAAACCUCAAAAUCGUGGCUAAUGGUUAACGGCUCAGUAGCCAACAGUGUAAAAAUUAAUAGCUCCCUAAUAACAAGUUAAUUGACUUGAGAUGAAUUAAAUAAAAGAGGCUAUACACAUAUAUAUACAUCCAUCAGUAUCAAUCGACAAGGAAGAGAAGAAUAAAAACGAAUAACAACGAUGUCACAACUAAUGUGCAGAAGAUAGAAGGAAGAAAAGACGACCGAGAGAAAGGGGAGCACACACAGUUGUCAUGAAUUUUAAUUACGAAUGUUGAAGAUUUUGUAUAAUUCAAGGGGUGGGUGGCUUGUUGAAUAAUGGCAGACAAUGUACACAGAAAAACGCACAAAACAACGGAUGGUAAUAAAAAAUUAUCAGCUCCCGUUAAUCGCACAACAUCUGAAACAAUAAGGAUUGGAGGUAGUAUCGCAGAUAAUGAUAAAAAUCAAGGAUUGGGUCAAAUUGGUCAACUGGGUCAGCACUGUAUAACACCAUCGGGUAAUAAUUUAACAUCAACGCCAAAUAAUAAUCAAUGUAGAAAGAAAACAUCAUCGUUUCAAAUAACAAGUGUUACGGUUGGAAGUCGCAUGAGCAAUGAUGCCGGUGAGGAUUCGAACGAUGAUUUGGAUGAGUCACACGGUGAGGAUAAUUCUGUCGAACAUUCAAGAAUUGAAAAUACUGAUAUUGAAACGCCAAGUUACUCAGAGGAUACAUUCUCAAAAGACGAUGUUUUUUUCAAUGCAAGCAAUGCUGCACUGAGUACAGCACCAGUUAUACCAACGUCGUCCCAAUACGGUUUAGCAAUUGUACCAUCUGAUCCAAGUGGUAAUGUCAGUAAUUCGAGCAAUGACAGUAACAUCAAUGCACUCGAAUUGGCAUCAGUCACCGACAACAAUAUCAUCAAUUUACUAUCGAGUAAUACUAAACAAGAUACAGAUGGUGUAUCAAUACGUGACGGUGUAUCGCACGGUAGAAAUGAACGAUUCAAAGUUGUUAAAAUUGAAAGUACUGAGCCAUUCAAAAGAGGCAGAUGGACAUGUAUGGAUUACCUAGAUCAUACAUCUGUUAACAAUCAAACAAAUGCUAUUAAUACGGGAAAGACAACUGAUCCGAAUCAAGUAUGUAUAUCGUACGGUGUCAACGAUGGAGUUAUAUUACCAUUGAAUACAGCAUCGACAAAUGACGAAAGAACUGUUGCUGUUGAUAUGAAUGGCCAUGCUACGCAUCAAGAUAUGCACGGUUCAAUUGGUAUUUCGAACAAUCAAGCUGCCGGUUAUACUGUCGCUAGUAAUUCACUUCAGUCACAGAAUUGCCAGCGUAAUCCAACAGCAUCCGGUAUCACAUUAUCACAACAGCCCUAUUUUCAUUCAUCAGCUCAGCAACAACAGCAAGGAACUCAACAACAGCCCCCUCCACCAGCCCAAGGCUCGACAUUGCCCUCUAAUUUGCAACCAACGCAUGCUAACAAUUUGGGACAACCACAGAGUAUGCCACAAGGCUCUAUUCCCAUUAUACCGCAGACUAAUAAUAAUAAUGUAACUUCACAACAAAAUAUUAGCCACACCAACGAGGAUAGCUAUGUUAAUGUGGCUGGGCAAAAUCAAUCAUUGCCAGGUGCAGCUAAUCAGGCUAAUAUUAUGGUUCAGAAUCAGGGACAAACACAAUCCGCCAAUCAAUCGCAGUCCCAGACAAAUCAGCACCAAAUCAAUGAUUCGAUAGCUACAAUUCAAAGAAUCCAAGGAAUGCAAAAAAUACAUCAGGUUCCUCAAUCUGGUGGUCAACAUUCUGCUAAUGCGACACCACCGCAACAAUCAACAGCAGCAACGACAGCUCCAGGUGCUAGUAAUGCUAAUAAUACGGGUGUUAAUCCCCAAGCGACAGCAAAUUGUCAAAAUGCCAUCGGGACUAUGAAUUUCCAUCCGGACGGCACGGAGCAGGACUCGGUGUCUGGAAUUGCUGAUGCUGCUUUGCUAGAGUGCCUCGCUGAGGUAGCACAAUCGACUGAUGACCACCAAACCCUCGAAGAAAAUGAAAGUAUGUCGGGAACAGGUGCCGUUGCCAUCGACAACAAAAUUGAACAGGCUAUGGACUUGGUUAAAAGUCAUCUGAUGUUUGCGGUUAGAGAGGAAGUGGAGGUAUUGAAGGAAAAAAUAGCUGAGCUUAUGGAUCGCAUAAAUCAACUUGAGGCUGAAAAUUCGAUUCUCAAGGCGCACGCGACUGCUGAGACACUGGCGCAGUUGAAUCAAUCGUCAAAUAAAUUACCCCAAAAUAAUUCAACAAGUGGUCAAUAAGGGGACUAAUGUCAAAUCAGAUGAAAAUGAACAUGAAAGAAAAAAAAACAUUGUAAAUAAGUUUAUAUUAAAUAAUUAAUCAUAAUAAUGAAUAAUAUAAUUAUUGUAUAUAACUUUACGAUUUUUAGAAAUUUAUAAAUAAUGAGAUUUAUUAUAUUAUUAUACAUAUUAGUAUUAGCAGAAAAAUAAGUAAAAAAAAGAUGAAACAUAAAUUAAAGCCAGAGCUUUUUAAAUUUUUUUUUUCACGUGAAUCAAUAGUGAUACAUUAUUUUCUACGGUUUCAGUUUAUUCCUAUACGAGAACAUAUAUUUAUUACUUGUGAAGUCGGAAUAUUUUAUUUCUAAGAAAAGAAAAACUUACAGACAGUUGAGAAUGGAGUGGAUGAAGAAAUUUGGAAAAGAGUUUAUCAUUCAAUUAUUGAAACGGGGGGAAGGAUUAAAUAUGAAAAUUAUAUUUCAACUUGUAUUUCUGUAUGAAACUUUCUUCAAUACUAAAAAAUAUGCCUAUUCUGUCGAGAGGAGAAAAUAAUCUCUGAAAAUAUCCAGUGGGACGAGUAAGCAACAACACUGUCAGUCAUUUUCUUUGAAUUUAUCACCAAAAACCCAUUUGUGAAUCUCGAGCCACAAUAAUGACGUUAUUCUAUCAAUUACAAUCUAUUACUAAUACGGAAAAAAAUACAUAAUAGAGAGGAAUUAUACGGCAUUUUUCUUCCAUUCUUUCAAUGUCUUCGGGAAAUUUGAUAAAUUGCUGGGAUAUUAUCUUCAUUUGAGAACCGAAUUAUCAACAUCAUAUGCGUAACCCGUUCCUGUAAAAUGACGUAUUACAGAAAAAGAAGAACCAUCUUAAAAAUCUACAAAUUUUCAGUCUGCAUCUUAUUUUACAUCUGAUGAUAUAUAUGCCUAAUAAAUUUUGUUUUUCAUUGUA